AUGGUUUAUGUCCUUGGAUGCUACUAUGAUGCUAUCCUGGGCCUUAGGGGCUUGGUCAACUUUCUCCAGAAUAACCUUCAUGAACAAUAUAUAAUCAAUGAUUUAUAUGGUUCUCCCCAGCUUAACAGUGACAGCAAGUCUGAUGACAGAGCUGAAGCCCUCUCUGACAUUGGCAUCAGUGACUGUGAAGCUGCUGGAAAAUUUUUGAUGUGUUAUUUCCGAGCGAUUGUAGCUUGGAAUCAUGCCUAUGCAUGGCUUGAUGCAUGGCUGAACUCUUCCAAGAUUUUCAGGUCACAAAAAGGGAUUUUGUUCUUGCACAUUGUCAAGAUUUGGGUUCCAAGUCAGGAGAAUCAAGCAGCGACAUCAACCAGGGCUUUGCUAGAUGAGUUCAUAAAAACAUACAAUGCUGACCUGGCUAUCCAAGAAAGUCUCAAGAAUUUGGAAAAGAUAGGUGACAAGAAGUUGAUGGGAACAGUGCAUGCAGAAGCCACAUUAAUGGCACUUAUCAAAGAAUCCUCCAAUCCAGCAACUAGUUUACCAUCAAGCUUUGUUGAUAUUCUCAAGGAUGCCAGCAGGAUCAGUGUGGCAAAAAAGUGUUGCUGGCUAUGCAAAGAGCUCAGUGAAGCAAUGAGACAGAAUGGCCAAACACUCAGCCUACCUGCAACAAGUGGUCUUGAUUUUUCAUGGGCACCUCUAGGGAUUGUCACGGGUUUGGUGACCCGCGCGGGUUGCGGGUAG